CUUCCCCCUAGCUCCCCCGCAGCCCUCCUUGCCCCACCGGUGGCUUGGGCGCGGCGCUCACAGCCACCUCACCUUGACUUCUGGCAUCCUGGCCCGCUACUCGCCCGCUGGGAGCGCGGUGGAGCUCAGGGCUCGGUUCGAGCCCGGCGGGGCCGCAGGUUCCGCCCUGCUCCGCCCCGCCCGGGCUCUGGGGAAAGGCCGCCGUGGGGACAUGUAAGUGUCCCCCUCAGCGAGCACAGCAAACCGUGAGAAGCGGUGGGACUGCCAGAGGGCGAAAUGUCAUCAGUGGAAUCACAUCAGGAGCAGUUAUCUCAGUCAGAUCCUUCCCCAUCACCAAACUCAUGUAGUUCCUUUGAACUAAUAGACAUGGAUGCUGGCAGUUUGUAUGAACCAGUUUCUCCACAUUGGUUUUAUUGUAAAAUAAUAGAUUCCAAGGAGACAUGGAUUCCUUUCAACUCAGAGGAUUCACAGCAACUGGAAGAGGCAUAUGGCUCUGGAAAAGAUUGUAAUGGGAGAGUUGUCCCCACUGAUGGGGGCAGAUACGAUGUUCAUUUGGGGGAGAGGAUGAGGUAUGCUGUGUACUGGGAUGAACUUGCGUCAGAAGUGAGACGAUGCACCUGGUUUUACAAGGGAGACAAAGACAAUAAAUAUGUUCCCUACUCAGAAAGCUUCAGUCAAGUUUUAGAGGAAACGUACAAACUUGCUGUAACUUUGGAUGAAUGGAAAAAGAAACUGGAAUCUCCCAACAGAGAAAUUAUUAUAUUACACAAUCCAAAGCUCAUGGUGCAUUACCAGCCAAUUGCAGGGUGUGAUGAGUGGGGUUCAACACCCACUGAACAAGGUCGACCAAGAACAGUGAAAAGAGGAGUUGAAAACAUCUCUGUUGACAUUCAUUGUGGGGAACCUUUACAAAUAGAUCACUUGGUUUUUGUAGUCCAUGGGAUUGGACCAGCUUGUGAUCUCCGCUUUCGAAGCAUUGUACAGUGUGUUAAUGAUUUUCGCAGUGUUUCCUUGAACUUGCUACAGACACAUUUUAAAAAAGCUCAGGAAAAUCAACAGAUUGGAAGGGUAGAGUUUCUUCCAGUCAACUGGCACAGUCCAUUACAUUCUACUGGUGUGGAUGUAGAUCUACAGCGAAUAACCCUGCCCAGCAUUAACCGCCUCAGGCAUUUCACCAAUGACACAAUUCUGGAUGUCUUCUUCUACAAUAGCCCCACCUACUGUCAGACUAUUGUGGACACAGUAGCUUCUGAAAUGAACCGAAUAUAUACACUUUUUCUGCAGAGGAACCCUGAUUUCAAAGGAGGCGUAUCCAUUGCUGGUCAUAGUUUAGGUUCGCUUAUAUUGUUUGAUAUCCUAACAAAUCAGAAAGAUUCUUUGGGGGAUAUUGACAGUGAAAAGGGUUCACUAAAUAUUGCUGUGGAUCAAGGAGAUGCACCAACACUAGAGGAAGAUUUGAAGAAACUUCAACUCUCUGAAUUCUUUAAUGUCUUUGAAAAGGAGAAAGUAGAUAAGGAAGCUCUGAUGUUAUGUACAGACAGAGAUCUUCAGGAAAUGGGAAUUCCCUUAGGACCAAGAAAGAAGAUACUAAACUAUUUCAGGACCAGAAAAAAUUCAGUGGGUAUUAAUAGACAAACUACACAGUCAGCGUCAGCAGUGAAUAUCUCCAAAGAAUCUGAAUUCUGCAGUAGUACUGAUAAUACUAGAAAUGAUGAAUAUCUAGAUGUUGGCAUUGGGCAGGUGUCUGUAAAGUAUCCCCGGCUCAUCUAUAAACCAGAAAUAUUCUUUGCCUUUGGAUCUCCCAUUGGAAUGUUCCUUACUGUCAGAGGACUAAAAAGAAUUGAUCCCACUUAUAAAUUUCCAACAUGCAAAGGUUUCUUCAAUAUUUACCAUCCUUUUGAUCCUGUGGCUUAUAGGAUUGAACCAAUGGUGGUCCCAGGAGUGGAAUUUGAGCCAAUGCUGAUCCCACAUCAUAAAGGCAGGAAGCGGAUGCACUUAGAAUUGAGAGAGGGCUUGACCAGGAUGAGUAUGGACCUUAAGAACAACUUACUAGGUUCACUGCGGAUGGCUUGGAAAUCUUUUACCCGAGCUCCAUACCCUGCCUUACAAGCUUCAGAAACUGCAGAGGAAACUGAAGCAGAACCUGAAUCAAGUUUGGAGAAGUCCAGUGAUAUUAACAUGGAUGAGACCUCUGCAGCAGUUAAAGAAGUCCCUCCCAUCAAUGUAGGAAUGCUGAAUGGAGGCCAACGCAUUGACUAUGUGCUGCAGGAGAAACCUAUUGAAAGUUUUAAUGAAUAUUUAUUUGCUUUACAAAGCCAUCUAUGCUAUUGGGAAUCUGAAGAUACAGUAUUGCUGGUCCUUAAAGAGAUCUACCAAACCCAGGGUAUCUUCCUUGAUCAGCCCUUACAGUAAAAAUGACCCAUCUGACUGCUUAAUACGGACAUUGAGGGAACCUUCCCCAGAAAACCUGUUUGUUGCUGCAAUUUUCUUCUCAGCUGCAUCAUUUCCUGCAUGUUGCCUGCCACUUACCAUUGGGGUCUUUGGAAGAUAAUCUUCCUUUUUGGAAGUCAGUGGAAAAGCAAAGGGAAGACCCUGUUACUUUUUACCAUGGGCUUCAUAUAAACACUUGCCAUUCUUUCUCUAUGGCUUAAGAUUGUUUGCAUCAUUUACUUCUUUGAUAUUUUAUAGGUGCCACACUUGAUUGCUUAUUACUUGAGAUGGUCUGUGGUCUAUGUGGGGUUUGCCAGAUAUUUUUCUAGGGAAUUAUUUCUGUCUUUAGAAAAUAUUCCAGUGUAGAAGCAGAUUCUUGAGAUACAGAGGGCAUUCUGGGGAUCCUAUAUCUCCUCGUGCUCUUGGCACCUGAAGACUAAGGUGGGUGUGGUGAUAAGUGAUUUUUUUUUUUUUUUUUUGGCCAGCAUUUCCUUCCUAUGUGUACUGUAUGAAGGCAGAUUGGAAUGUAGUUUAGUAAGAGUAUUGUUUACUCUAUUAACUGAUAGGUGAAUUUAUUGCUAGGAAUCUCCAAUGCUAUCUGUUGUUUUUACAACCAUUUGAGCUGCUGUAAGUCUGAAGUGGACAAUUGAGUUCAUACUAGGUACAUCUUUAUUUUUUUAUUUUAAUUUCUUGUGAUACUAGGGAUUGAACUUGGGGUCUUGCACAUGCUAGGCAAAAGAUCUGCCACUGAGAUACAUCCCCAGCCCUAGGUAUAUCUUUAUAAAGCAAAGGUGUUAUAUAUUAUAGACUUGCCCUUUUAUACUGAGGAAGUCUUGAUGAGGUUUGUUUAGUCACUUGAUGACACCUUCUAUUAUAUAUUUCUUUCCUAUUCUUAUACUGAGGGUAAAGUUAUAAAAGCUGACAAACCUGAAAUUACAUAGCCUUUUCAGGCUGCUUAGGUUAUAAAUAAUAUCUUUAGUGGUGCCUUCAUGGUGAAACAGAAUUUAAAGUCACCUGCCACUUAUACUUGGUUCAAAGUGAUAUUGUGAUGUCCUUUUAAAAAACAUUUUGUAAACAUCAUUGCCUUUUUAAGUACUCUAAUCCAGUAUGCUUAUUUCAAAGGCUCUUGGUUGGGGGCAGUGGCACAUACCUAUAACUCAGGAGGCUGAAGCAGCAGGAUUGCAAGUUCGAGGCCAGCCUUAGUAACUUUAGUGAGGCCCUAAGCAACUUAGUAAGACCUGUCUCAAAAUAAAAACUAAAAAGGACUGGGGAUGUAGCUGAGCAGUUAAAAGCCCCUGGUUUCUCUCCUUGGUGCCAAAACAUAAAAAAUAAAAUAAGACUAUUGGCACAGGCAGUGUUAGUUGAGCACAUAGAUUUGACUGGGGGAAAUACAUAUUCUGAAAGAAAAACCUAAACCAGUAGGUUUUGAGGAGCAGCCACUGUGGUCAUUAUCAGUUGAGUCUGGAACAUACAAAGUGAGAUUUAUGUGGAAGAACAUAGGUGACUGUAGACUAAUUUUUUUUGUAAGCAUCUACUCACUGCAUUUCUGUAAGGUAUUUUCUUCCCCAUUGGUCAGCAUUUGCCAUUCUUUGCAUUUCUUUUUUGAUAGUCCUCUAUGUUUCCUUUCAGGUUUUCAUAGGCCCUUAUUUAUUAAGUGACAGAGGCAGGCAAACCAUAUUGUGAUAUAUAUACAUAUAUAAUUUUUUUUUCUUAUAAAUGUAUCAUGAUAUCCAAAGCACUGGCAUUGAAUAUUCACUGAAACCACCUGUAAGACAGCAAUGGUCUUUUAUCCUUUUCUGAACAGAAAAGGAAAAAAGUUAAUACUGUCACUAUGGAGGUAUAGAGGCAAAGGUCAGAUAGAAGUCAAACCUGGCUUUUGUCAUCAGCUUAUGGAUUAAUACUGAAUAAGCUACAAAGAAGUUUCAGAUACAUGGAAUACUUUUAUUUUCUUUACCACAUAAACUGAGUAAGGGUUAAUGAGUAUUAAUUAGCAUUCAUUAUUUAUUAAAAGUAGGCUUUUGUCAAGUUGCUAUCUUCAAAUAUUUACUAUUCACAUUAGCAAAAUAGGUACUCUUUUUAAGAGUAAACCAAAGGACAACCAAGAGUAAAUCCCUGUAACCAAAGAUGGACAGGACAACCCUGGAAAACUAGAUAAACCACUAUACUAAGAAAUGCUUUUUUCCUGGUGGUGAGAGGUAGGUAACCAUAAAAAGACCUUUUUAUCUCAUCAUAUACCUGUGGCAUUAUGGCUGUAUUACACAAGGUAAUAAGCUUGAUUGAAAUCCUUUAGUCAUAUAUUAUUAGCACUGCUUCAUUUGUAUCAUGUGCAAUCUCUUGACCAAGCCUAUUUUUAAUCUCUAGUAAAACAUUUUGUACAUAUUUCUAGCUGCAGAAUUAGUAUUGCUUCUCUCAGAGAUUACUUGCAUGGAAAGAAUAGCACUGAUUAGCUUUCUAAUAUUUUGCACUUUUGAAAUGUUUGUUUUUUUAUGUGAUUAAAACUUUUAAGUAAAUAAUGAAAUAAAACUGUAUUGACCAGU